AUGGGUCAGAAUAUUGUAAUCCCGGCAUCACCACGUCCAAUUGAAUUAGCCCAACCAGAAACAGUGGAGAAGGGAGAAUCCAAAGCUAUUGUGACUGAUACUUCAAUACCUGUUUCUACUGAAAUACACAAUCGACAAACGAUAUCAUCCACCGACGAUGCCAAUGUUAUACAAGAAAGCACAGGAGCUCAAUCUUCCCAUGCAAAUCUGAGACACUCAGAACCAAUAUCAAUGCCUAAGGAAACAUGGUCCAAAGAAGAUUUCACAAUGACAGUUAUUUGGUGUGAUAUCAAUGUUCAUGACCCUGUUGAAAACGUUCCUACGCAAAAUGAGAUAGUAAAAAUAUAUAGAACUGAUGAGGUAAUUUUGGUUGUAUCUGGAAGUAUGGGCAGUAUUCUCAUACCACUUGUACACGACUCAAGGCAAGUACGUGUCAUAUACAUAUAUUCUAGAGAAGUACAUCACUUCAAGGAAAAAUUUGAUGAUUACAACAAAGUAAAAUUUAUUAAUGUUAAAGAAUCACUUACCAGACAGAUAUAUAAUGAACAAAUCGGCCAUCUGACAGAAAAAGAAGGAGUGUCAUUCAAUGUUUAUAGACGGCGCGAUAAAAAGCAUCUGGAAUCUUGUGCAUCAUUUAUUUGGAUGCAUCUUUUUACGAAAAUACUUAUUAAUAAUGUGACCUUAUUCGGUUCUUCUUCGUCAUCUCCGUUGACCACAUCACACACUGAGGAAAAAGAUAAAUUAGUCGCCCACUUACGACGAAUGUAUGAUGGUAAAGAAGAGGUUUUAGCUUUUAUUGACGAUUUCCACACUAAUUACUCUGCGAAUGAAGCCAUACAGUGGUAUACACGUGAAUCAAUCUUAUACGAACAGUUGAACAAGGCAUUGCGAUAUAAAAAUCUCAAAUUAUUACUUUUGUUUCGGUUUUUUAUUUAUGAUAUGUGGAAUCAGUUGAGCAAGAACAGCAAAGAGCAAAAAGAAAGUCUACAAUCUUCUAAUCAUCAUCAUCAGGGAGAAAGGCGUAUCGAGUAUGCUUACCGCGGACAAUGGAUGUCAGCAACUCAAAUUGAAUCAUUAACAGAGUCUCCAAAUGAAUUUACAUCGGUGAACUCAUUCAUGUCAACUAGUGAAAGAGAAGACGUAGCGCGCGAGUUUGCUGAAAAACAACAUGGAAGGCAUGAGUCUCUACGAAGUGUUUUAUUCAAGAUUCAAAUGAAAGUCUAUCCAGCAUCUGAGACACAAUUAUAUGCAUCUAUUAAAAAUGAAAGUCAGUUUUCUAGCGAAAGCGAAGUUUUAUUCGCACCAGGAACAAUAUUUAGAAUUCAUAAAAUUAUUCACCCAAUGAAUAAAGAAAAACCUACCAUCAUUCAGUUGACAUUGUGUAAAAAAAAUGCACCUGAAUUGCAUGAACUUAUUACCUAUUGGGAAGAAAAUAUUGAAUCUGAAACAAAUCAGGCAUCUUUGGGUUGGUUGAUAAUGCAAACAGGUCAAACAGAGGAAGCAAUAAACUUUUACCGAACUUUACUCGAUGGUUUGAAACCAGAUGAUCCACUUAAAAAAGAAUGUUACUAUGGUGUGGGUAAUCUUUUCGUCAAAUUAGAAGAGUACCAGAAUGCAUUACACUAUUACAAAAAAGCAUUAACAAAAUCUCAAGAUGAUCAAAAAUGGAUUGCCAAAAUUGAAAGCGCACUGGCCUAUACGUAUGUACUCCUAGGUGAUAGCGAUGAAGCACUAACAACCUAUAAGGAUGCACUGCUCAUAUAUAUAGCCGAGUAUGAUGAAGUUCACAAAAAUACUGUCCAAUGUUAUACAGGAAUAGGCGAUGUACAUCAGAGUAAAAAAGAAUAUGCUUCUGCAAUAGAUUCAUAUACGCGUGCAUUAGAAUUGGGUGAACAGCUUAAUCCGCCACCAAAAGAUCCACUCUAUCUCAAUAUAUUGUUGAUAAACCUGGCAUCUAUAUAUUAUAUCGAAAAGAAUUAUAAAGAAUCAUUAUCUUUAUUUGAGAAAGCAUUAAACAAUUAUAACGAAAAAUUGCGCAAUGAGUAUGAACAUUUAUUAUACCAUGAUGAAAAACUAGGUAUGUUACAUGAAAAUAUUGGUCAUGUUUACAGAAAAGACAAAAAAUAUAGCGAAGCAUUAUUAUCAUUUCAUAAAGCAGCAGAAAUCUAUUACUAUACUUUUCCACAAACGAAUCAACACAAUCAAGGCAUACGAAAAGCGAUUCGAUAUUGUAAUAAAAAAUUGAGAAACAAACAGGCUACUAUUGAAAGAUAUCAGAACGAACAUUCCCUUUCAGAGCAGCGUCCAUCAUCAAUUUCGUCACGACAUCACUUGAUAAGCAGAGAAAAAUCAAAAGAUACGAAACAAGCAAUAGUUGAAGAGCCUAAUCAAGAUGCUACAGUUAAUGGGAUAUAUUCGAAUAGGGAAACGAGUGAAAAACCACCUAAUUUAUCGGAAGAUCACACUAGGACAUCAAGUAUUCGUAACCAAGCAACAAAACGAGUGAAACAAACAAAACCAGCUGAUGAUGAAAAUGAACCAAACUUGAAUCAGCCACCACGAAUAGACUCAAGAAGAAAAUAA